CUUGGCUCCCGUCCCAUUGAGGACAGCUCCAUACUGUACGACAUCAUCAACCAUGAUAUUUCCACGAUGAAGAAGACUCUUUUGCUGUGCUUUAUUCAUGGCUUCAAGGGUGGCGAUGAUACCUUCGGAGGAUUCCCAGAGCAUCUUCGAGCUCUGGUCAGCCAUGCGCUCCCGAAAGUCGAUGUCCGCGCCAUCGUAUACCCGAAGUUCGAGACCAGGGGUGAUCUGGCAGAAUGUGUGAGCAGAUUUAGAGACUGGCUUCUCGAGAAAGUAAUAGACAUCGAAGUCUCCUCCUCAACACCUUCCCCUACCAUCGACCCCUCUGUCCACACGAUCCUCAUAGGGCAUUCUAUGGGCGGCAUCGUCGCAGCAGACACCCUGCUCGCCAUAACAUCCGAUCUUACAAUCGCGUCCCGACCAUCCUCCUCCUCCCAAAACCCCACAACCCCAAACCCAAACCCACCGAUCAACUCUCUUAUGUUCCCCUACAUCUCUGGAGUCCUCGCCUUCGACACACCUUACCUAGGCAUAUCUCCAGGAGUAGUAGCCCAUGGCGCAGAAGGCCAUUACAACACCGCCUCCUCAGCGAUAACGCAGCUCUCCGGGCUGACAGGAGCAAUAUGGGGAGGUAAAGCCGCAAGCGAAGUCGACAAAGACGGGAAAGUCAAGAAAGACCCCGUAGCUGCUCUCCCCGCGCCCGAAUCUUCUUCUACAGCAUCUGUCCCGGCCUGGCAGAAAUGGGGUAAACUCGCUGCCCUCGCCGGCGCAGGCGCAGCAGUUGCGGGUGGUGCAGCAGCAGCAUACAUGAAGCGCGAGCAGAUCACAGCAGGCUGGUCUUGGGUAGGCUCACAUCUUGAGUUUGUGGGAUGUCUGAUGAAAGGCGAGGAGUUGCGGAAGCGGGUUUCGGGACUGGUGACGUUGAAUCGAGAACUCGGCGUGGGAUGGGCGAAUCUUUAUACGAGGUUGGGGAAGAAGGCGUUGAGUAAGAGUGAUGGGGUGAAGUUUGUGGGGAGUGUGGUAGGGAAUCAGAGAACGUUUUGUAACUUGCCGAGUGGGAAGGACAAGAGUACUGGUGGGAGGGAGUAUUGGUCUGAGGCGAUCAAUGAUGCUGCGGGUGAUGAGACAGGGGCGCACAUGAGUGAGUUUUCCUUCUCGUUAAAACUCCAUCUUUACAAAGCCUGUAUAUUGCCCUUCGCUCUAAUGUCUGCGAAAUCGCUAUCCUUACACCCCACAGGCAUGUUCUUCCCCAAAGACAACCCAGGCUACUAUGCACUCUCCGAAGACGCCAAGAAGCUCAUAAUAGACUGGUCGACGAACGACUGGUACGAAUCCAGCACUGGAGAUGCUGAUAUGUCCGGGAUCGAGCCACAGCAUCAAGAGUUAUAGACUAGAUAGGGAGGUUUGGGUUGACGGCGUUUGGGUCAUGAUUUGUGAAUACCCAGCACAUACACUGCAAUACACAAUGGAUUUUAUCUAGCCUGCAGCACUAUAUCACACCAUCUAUGGUUUAAUAUUACGAUUACGCUGGCGCGUGUCAUCAUCAUGGAAUUAUAUUACAUUAGAAACAAU